CUGCCGCCGCGCGCCCGCGAGAAGCAGCCUCCCACCCCGGCGGCCUCGGGCUCCCGACACCGGAAGGCGGUGCAGGCUGCCCCGGGACCCCGCGAGCCGGCGCUUGAAGCCGGGAACUGCCCGCCCGGGCCUGGGACCCCGUGGCACCCCUCGGCCUCGGAGCAGCGAGCGCAGCGCCGCCUCUGAAGAGCUGAUCUAUUCAGGAUGGGAAACCACGCAGGCAAACGAGAAUUAAACACCGAGAAGACCAACACGAAUGGUGAGACUAACAGAGGAGAAUCUGAAAAAAAGAGAAAGCUGGGUGAACUUUCGCAGAUGAACUCAGAGGACAACGAAGUGUUUGGAGAGGCAGAUGCGAACCAGAACAAUGGGACCUCCUCUCAGGACACAGCGGUGACUGACUCCAAGCGCACAGCAGACCCAAAGAAUGCCUGGCAGGACGCCCACCCAGCUGACCCAGGGAGCCGCCCCCACUUGAUCCGCCUCUUUUCCCGAGAUGCCCCGGGGAGGGAGGACAACACCUUCAAAGACAGGCCCUCUGAGUCCGACGAGCUCCAGACCAUCCAAGAAGACAGUGCAGCCACCUCCGAGAGCCUGGAUGUGAUGGCGUCACAGAAGAGACCCUCCCAGAGGCACGGAUCCAAGUACCUGGCCACAGCAAGUACCAUGGACCAUGCCAGGCAUGGCUUCCUCCCAAGGCACAGAGACACGGGCAUCCUUGACUCCAUUGGGCGCUUCUUUGGCGGUGACAGGGGUGUGCCCAAGCGGGGCUCUGGCAAGGUACCCUGGCUAAAGCCGGGCCGGAGCCCUCUGCCCUCUCAUGCCCGCAGCCAGCCUGGGCUGUGCAACAUGUACAAGGACUCACACCACGCGGUGAGAACUGCCCACUACGGCUCCCUGCCUCAGAAGUCACACGGCCGGACCCAAGGUGAAAACCCCGUAGUCCACUUCUUCAAGAACAUUGUGACACCUCGCACGCCACCCCCAUCGCAGGGAAAGGGGAGAGGACUGUCCCUGAGCAGAUUUAGCUGGGGGGCCGAAGGGCAGAAACCAGGAUUUGGCUACGGAGGCAGAGCGUCCGACUAUAAAUCGGCUCACAAGGGAUUCAAGGGAGUCGAUGCCCAGGGCACGCUUUCCAGAAUUUUUAAGCUGGGAGGAAGAGAUAGUCGCUCUGGAUCACCCAUGGCUAGACGCUGAAAACCCACCUGGUUCCCGACUCCUGCCCUCAGCUUCUUAAUAUAACUGCCUUCAAACCUUAAUCCCACUCGCACCCCUUACCUAGUUAGAGUGGCUGCCCUCUCCCCUAACGCCUGUGGAGCUGUGCACAUAGCACGGUCGGGCACAUGGCAGCCUGCGGCGAUCUCUGGCCAACAGCUACAUGGAGAAAAUGAAAACAGUCCCUUUCCGUGUGCGGCUCAUACCCCUUCCCCACAGCGUGCCCGCAGACGCACACGGGGCUCCGCAGGCCAGGUGCACACGCGUCCCUCCACGCUCACCCUCCAUCCUUGGACUUUCUUUUCGCCAUGGCGGCGGCAUCCUCACGCUUUCGCUGGGCACUGCCGUGGAGGCGCACAGCUGCAGAGACAGAGGACAAGGGCAGCAGAGAGGACUGUUGACAUCCACGCUUCCCUUUUUUUUUUUUCCUGU